AUGGUGUUGAACUUGCAAUUGCAAGCUAAAUCUCUCAAAUUGACUUCCCUGUCAAUUUCACCAGACAUGAUGGUAGUCCCAUCUGCUUCAGCCGAUGAUGGCUCAAGCAAAGCCGACAACAAUCCCACCGCGAACUCCGAACUCCCAGAGGGACCAACCGAUAGCCAUAUCCUAUCUCAAGUCGAGCAAGAUGAAAAGGGUCUCUCACAAAAAGCAGGCAAGACCACAGAAAUUACCAACCUCGGAUGGGGUGAACCUCCGGACUCCAUUGAGGAGUCUCUCGUGGCCGGGCUAUCAAACGAAGAUUUGUGGAUGCUCAUUAGGCGAUUUGACAAGCAAGUCUAUCGAGUCAAAGCAGUACCUAACGCUCCGCUACAAAGACUUGAUCUCACGAGAACAGAUGAUGAUGAAUUCUCGCCGGAUAAACUCCGAGCAACACUUGAACGCUUCUACAUCAAUGUUAUUGUGGGCUUGACCAACUUCAUCAAACAUAUUGCUCGGUUGCGGUCUUGGAAAGAGCCGCGACGAACCACUUCAUUCUGCACAGCAUUACAGGUGUACUUUUUGUCGUGGCUCCUUGAUCUACUCGUUCCAACUAUGUUGGCCACUCUGAUUGCCCUAGUGGUCUACCCACCAUGUCGAUCACGCAUGUUUCCUCCAGCCCCAAUUGCUCUUGUCAACAAAGAUACAGGUGGUGUACAAAAGCCAAAAGCAGGCGUCCUCGGAUCCCAUGACAGCAUAACUGGGGCCCCUGAAAAAUUCAAGGGUGAGGCAGCUGAAAAAGAGGCCAGUAAUCUGGUUACGAGUGUUGCUAGCGUUGCCGUGGGUAGCGCUGUUGGGAAGCAUGAUCCAGGGGUGCCUGAUCAUGCACCCUUCGAAAAGGAUGUACCGGAUGCGAUGGAUCUUGUUGCCAAUACCGCCGAUGCACAAAGCGCAGCCCAUGGAGGAGUUCCGACAGAUUCUCAUGACAAAACCCGGCAGCCAAUGAGGCAGAGCGUCAUGGACGCUGCAAAUUUUUCAAUGCAGGUGGUGGGUGAUAUAACAGAUACAUAUGAGAAGAUAUGCAAUGCUCUAUCUGCAACGCCCCCGUUUCCUCGACUGAAUCCCCGUUUGCGCCUGGCUGCCGUCUUAGCUCCAGCAUGUCUGUUCUCAACCAUGACAUCUAGCUAUGUCUUUAUGAAGCUCAGUACACUCUUUAUCGGCUUCGCUUUCUUCGGAGAUCCUGUCAUUAGACGAGGAAUUGUAUAUCUCAACCGCCGGUUCCCGAAGUGGCAGAAGCUUAUCGAGUUGCAAAAUUCCAUUCUCAAAGGUAUCCCAACAAACGCGCAGCUUGCCGUUACACUUCUUCGCAUCGGCGAGGCUAAUGCGUCUCCACUCCCGCCCCCUCCAACCUCACAAGAUAAAGCGCCUUCGAAGCCAGCCUCUUUGAACCAGGAGGAGCUGACUCUAGGUGCUACCGACGAGGAAAUUAAACACGCCGCACUGGUUAAACCUGUUGACCAUGAGCAGGACAUUCAAUCUCCACCAGAGAAGCCCCACAAAAGGACAUUCGCUUCCAGCGUGGUGGGCUUCUUUCGAGGAACCACCGCAAGUGGCGUUGAGAGCAAAAGAGGCAUCGACCGCUUACGAGCAGCAAUUGGUUCACACCAAGCUAAGAACCGUGUCGGUGUGCUCCGCGACAAGGGACAGAUGAUAACGCCCAUCGGCCCCGUGGCAUUUGACGCUCGUUACAAAGGCAAACGUGGUACUGUGAUCAUUGACUCAACAAAGGAACCUCCAUUGCUGUUCUUCACAACAGAUAUACCACAGAAUGGAGAAAUGGAGGUGGAGAAUCGCAAGGAUGGAUCGGUUCUGUUCACCAUGCCGGUGACUGAGAUCCAGGAGAUGAGAAAGCUAGGCGGUAUGGGAUGGAAGGGGAAGUUGGUUGUUGGUUGGGCUCUUGGUGAUAAGGAGGUGGUUGAUGGCUUGCUUAUCACUGGCACGAAGCCUGGGCAGUCAUACCAUCUUACUGCCAUGGGCACGAGGAACGAACUAUUCAAUCGGCUUAUUGCGAUCGACGGACAGGUUUGGGAAAACUGUUAA